AUGUCGGGUCUCGAGGCUCUGGGCUUGGCAUGCAACAUCUUCCAAGUCAUCAGCUUCGGACGUGAGACGGCCAGCCUGGUCAAACGCGUGUACCGAGAUGGCUCCGUCGACGAUGCCCUCGAGGCGAACGCAAAAGACCUCGCACAACUUGCGUCGCAUGUCCAGACUCUGGAGGUUCCAAAGACCCCUAGCAAGCAAGAACAUCAGUUGCUCGAAAUUGCCAAAAAGUGCCAGGCUGUUGCGCGAGACUUGACAGAAGAGAUUGCUUUCAUUGUCGGUCACAAGAAGAAGGGGAGCCUUGCCGCCACUAUCAAAGUGGCCGCUAAGGCCAACUGGCGAAAACGGCGCCUUGAUACUAUGGAGAGGAAACUGAAUGAUGCCGAGAGGCUGAUGCAGAGUGGGCUUCUGGGCCGAAUCUGCCAUAAGACCGACGCCAUGCACCUUGACCUGAAGUCACUCGAUAUCAACCUGCAACAUUUCCUACAGCAAUAUCAACAAGGCCACAGAGAUGCAUCUGAACUGAUCUCCACGGAGAUGUUUAGGACACGCGACCACGUUACAGUUGAGUCACAGAAGGCCACAGCGAAGAUUCAGUCAAUGGUAGAUCAACAGUCUGCGCAGUUUGGUCGAAUCAUCCGGGACUCGAACCAGAAAGUCUCAACUACAAUGGCAGCUCUGAGCCUCGAUAGAGACCGAGAAGCUAAGCGUGAACGUUUUCUUGCAAGCUUCAAAUUCCCAGGAAUGAACGAGCGCCGAAACCAAGUCAACGAAUCAUGCAAAGGCACCUUUCAGUGGAUUUUUGCAGACGAUAUGGGAUUUCUCGGAGAGUCAGAUGACGAAUCUGAUCAAACAGAUACAGAAAGCGAAGACUACGAAACCAGUACAGAUUCUCAAGAUGGCGCAUCUGACUGGACAGAUGACUCGGCCGAGCAGAGCAGUACUACAGACGAAGACGCCGGCAUUCGCUGGGACUCUUUCAUCGACUGGCUAAAGUCCGGCAGCCCAGUCUUCUGGUGUAGCGGCAAACCUGGCUCGGGAAAGUCUACGCUGAUGAGAUACAUCAUAUCCGACCGGCGAACUAGAAGCGCACUUGAAGUGUGGAGUCCUAGCGCGCUUCUGGUCUCACAUUUCUUCUGGCGCCCGGGAAGUCUCAUGCAACAGAGUAUCAGAGGAAUGUUUUGCUCGCUGCUGCAUCAGCUCCUGGCCGGAGACUUGUCUGCUCUUGACCGUUCUAUUUCCGACUGCUCAUCUGCUGGGCAAAGAGACUCGGACACAGACUGGUCGACCAGGGAACUUCGAGAGCUCUGCUUCGACACAAUCAAGCGGUGCAACCGACCCAUCUGCUUAUUUCUGGAUGGUCUAGAUGAAGUGAGCCCUGAAGAUGGUGUAGUGCGGCUGAUAGAGGACAUAUAUGCUUUGAGCGCCAUCCCAAACGUCAAAAUCUGCGUUUCAAGUCGACCCGAGUAUCUCAUCGAGAAGUACUUUGGCCAUGGCUCCUAUCCUUCCAUCCGUUUGCAAGACCUCACGAACAUGGAUCUACGAACAUACGCCGAGAGCCACAACAAGUUCCCGCCUGGAUUCAAGAUACGGGAUCAAUGGGGACAGACAAGCGACCCGAUAGACAUAAUUGUCAACAAGGCUGAAGGCGUGUUCCUUUGGCUCUGCUUGGCAAUCCAAAGUCUAAAUCGGGGAUUAGAGCACGAUAACAACUCAGAUGAUAUGGAGCAAAGAAUACAGAGCUUGCCUGCCAGUCUAAGCGAUCUGUACAAAGACAUGUGGAAAAGGUUGAACGACGACCAGCCACUCUAUCGUCAGAGAGCUGCCCUUUAUUUCGGCCUAGUCAUUGCCAAAGAGGGAUUAGUCAAGUCAAAUGACGGGCUUCCCUUCGAAAGCGGCCUCAAUGUGUUUGAUAUGAUGCUGCUAGCGAAUUCGAUGGCAGACCAUGUUCUCGACCAACAUGGUCAAAUGGUGAAGCCCGAUAUCCUACUCACGGCUUGUCGCAAGGCUCAAAGCGAGGUCCUCAUUCGGUGUGCUGGACUGCUAGAACUAUCGAAAUCAGGCGAUUCAGUCGCAAUCUAUGACGCGCUAGGUAUCAGCUUGGCCCCGGAAUCCGAGAACCUUUUGAAGCUUUUGGGCGGCACUUGCAGAGCUCAUUGUGAGCACGAGGCUCGCGCUAUUUGCUUUGAAAAGCAUGGCAGUGAUAGGGAUCAACCCGAUGUCUAUGUGGAUAUUAGUCCGGAAGAUUCGGAAUACUUUUGCAAGCAUAGUAUCAAACGCUUGCUCUCAGACCCAUUAAGAUCGAUGAGUAACAGGGUAGGAGGCAGUUCAAAACUCGAAGGCUUUGGGAAGAUGAUUGAAGAUGUUGUUGGAAGGAGUGUGUUGACCAAGAAGAAGAUCCAAGACCACCUCAUAGACCUGGGACUUGGGGAACGGGUGGUGUACGUCGAUGAUGAUGGAGUGCGGUAUCCCCGCGAUGUUGCGAAAACAAUGGCACCCGAAUGGAUGCCUUUGUUGUUCGACGAUAGAGGCGACAUUUAG